UUCCCAGGCGUGCUUGUGAAACACACCAGCCUCACUCGAUCUCAUUGAGAGGACACGACCCGCUUACACUGUCGCUGAUGUGGCUGGAGAUCGUGAAAGAAGUAUAGAGGAUAGGGAUUUUUCUAACCCGCUUGCCUGCUACACAAUUCUUUCGUGGAAAUACAGCACUUUCCAGUUCAAAGUAUCAUCUGACAAGUGGAGACUAAUUUUAGGUUGGAAAUGCUGAAAGACGGUCGUCAGUCAGUUUAGCUGCAGUACAGCUGGAAAGUGUAAGAAGCCUGUCCCCACUGAGAGAUCUGGAGAGACCAUGGGCAACAACGACGAUGAGAAGAACAGCCAAGCGUGUCAGCUGUUUGAGAACUUUGUCCAGGCCUCAACAUGCAAGGGCACCCUCCAGGCCUUCAACAUCCUCUGUCGCCAGCUUGAACUGGACACCCAGGAUUAUAACAGCUUCUACACCAAGCUCAAGUCCAAGGUGACCUUUUGGAAAGCCAAAGCGCUGUGGAGUAAACUUGACAAGCGGGCAAGUCACAAAGAAUACCAGAAAGGGAAAGCCUGCCUGGGUACAAGGUGUCUGAUUAUUGGAGGCGGGCCAUGUGGGCUGCGCACUGCCAUAGAACUCGCCCUCCUUGGCGCCAAGGUGGUGGUGAUAGAGAAGAGGGACACCUUCUCCAGGAACAACGUGCUGCACCUGUGGCCUUACACCAUUCAUGAUCUCCGAGGACUCGGAGCCAAGAAGUUCUAUGGAAAGUUCUGUGCUGGGGCAAUAGACCAUAUCAGUAUUCGACAGCUGCAGCUGAUGCUAGUAAAAAUAGCUCUUAUUGUCGGGGUAGAAUUUCACGUCAACGUGGAGUUCGUGAAGCUCCUGGAACCUCCAGAAGAUCAAGAGAAUCAAGGAACUGGCUGGAGAGCUGAAGUACGGCCAAUGGAUCACCCUGUUUCAGAUUUCGAAUUUGAUGUGGUUGUGGGGGCCGAUGGACGGAGAAACACACUGGAAGGUUUCAGAAGAAAAGAGUUCCGUGGAAAGUUGGCCAUAGCCAUCACUGCUAACUUUAUUAAUAGAAACACGACGGCCGAAGCCAAGGUAGAAGAAAUUAGUGGUGUUGCUUUCAUCUUCAACCAGAAAUUCUUUUUGGAUCUUAAAGAAGAAACAGGAAUUGACCUGGAGAACAUUGUAUAUUAUAGGGAUAACACCCAUUACUUUGUAAUGACAGCAAAGAAACAAAGUCUGCUGGACAAAGGGGUCAUUAUUCAAGACUACAUUGACACUGAGAUGCUGCUCAGCAGCGAGAACGUGAAUCAGGAAGCCCUGCUUUCAUAUGCACGGGAAGCAGCUGACUUUGGUACCAACUAUCAGCUUCCGUCUCUGGACUUCGCAAUAAAUCACUACGGCCAGCCUGAUGUGGCCAUGUUUGAUUUCACCAGCAUGCACGCCUCUGAGAACGCAGCGCUGAUCAGAGAGAGGCACGGCCAUCAGCUGCUUGUGGCUCUAGUUGGAGACAGUUUACUGGAGCCUUUCUGGCCCAUGGGGACUGGUUGUGCCCGAGGUUUCCUGGCUGCCUUUGACACGGUGUGGAUGGUGAGGAGCUGGGCUCAGGGUAGAGCCCCGCUUGAGAUCCUGGCAGAAAGAGAGAGUAUUUACCGACUGCUGCCUCAGACAACCCCCGAAAACAUCACAAAGAACUUUGACCAGUACACAAUUGAUCCAGUGACUCGAUACCCAAACCUCAACUUCAGCUGUGUGCGACCUCUCCAGGUACGUCACUUGUACAUUACCAGUGAAUUGCAACUGUGUACUCUUGAAAGAGCAUCUUCAAUCAGACGAUCUGUUAAUCUUUCACGACGGGAAUCUGAAAUUCGACCCAACAGGCUUUUGACUUGGUGCCAGAAGCAGACGGAGAGCUACAGGAAUGUUCAUGUAUCUGACCUCACCACCUCAUGGAGGAGCGGCCUGGCGCUGUGUGCUCUUAUACACCACUUUCGACCUGACCUUCUUGACUUUGAUUGUCUCAAUGAAGAAGAUGUGGCCGAAAACAACCAGCUGGCAUUCGACACGGCAGAGCGGGAGUUUGGUAUUUCUCCAGUCAUGACUGGAAAAGAGAUGGCAGCUGACAGCGAGCCUGACAAGCUGAGCAUGGUCAUGUACCUCUCCAAGUUCUACGAGCUCUUCCGAGGGGCUCCACUGCAUGCAGCUGGCAAUUUAAGGAGAGAAAUUGACGAGAGUAAUGAAGUUUCUUCAGGGAAGUCAGCAAACCCUCUUUAUAACUUCCUUAACUUAACUCUGCCAAGAAAACGAACACCAAAGGAAGACAAAAAAGUGGAAGAAAACGAAGCUACAAGCAAAAGAAGGAGGAAGGCAUUCAGUCAUUUGGAGGAGGCUUCAAACUUCUUCAGUCAAAGCUCUGGGAGUGAAGGCGGGGAGGGAAAGGAUAGCGGGAAUCAAAACAAAGUCAAAUCAAUGGCUUCUCAACUGCUGGCCAAGUUUGAAGAGAAUGCGCCCAGCUCGCCCCUACGGAGAAUGACUGAAUCUGUUUCAAAUGCUACCAGAGCACCACAGCCUCCUUCUCUUGGUAUGCCAGAGAGUCCCCUAUUGACCAAAUCUAAAGACCAAAACCCCAUCCCUGCUGUUUCACCAAAAAGGCAGUUUCAGUCUUCAGCCAGUGCUCAAUAUGUGGUAAAAAGAACAAGUGAACCAUUGCACUGCAUUGAGUACAUUCCUAGGAAACCUAAACAAGCUGAUAUAACAGAGGAGCAGGCAGAGAGCACACGCCUCUCGGCUUCUCACCACUCCACUGUCUUAGCAGUGUCAGGAAUGCUACAACGCCUUCAGCGGCUUGAGGAUCAGAUCAAUCAGACCUCCCUGCCUUCCCCCAGCUCCCCUCCUCCUGGGCCUAAAACUGUCUCGGCCCGCCCCUCCCCUGACUCUUGUGUUGCUUCCUCUUUUCCAUCUCAUGCAACAGCUCCAUCUGACCCUGCUCCACAGAGGAGGUCUCAGUCUCUGUCAGCUAGGGAGUUUCACAAAAAGAACAUAAAGGAGAAGGCAGCCCAUCUUUGUUCAUUAUUUGGGUACAUGGCUUUCCAACCUCAGACUGCCCAGCCUGCCCCCAGCUCCCCCCCUCCUGGACCCAAAGCUGUCUCCACCUGCCCUUCCCUUUACUCCACUGCUGUUGCCAGUCUUAAAUCUCCUGUAAAACCUCCAUCUCCUCAACCUGCUCCACAGGAUCUAGAUAAGCUGUCAUAUAGAAAGGAAAAGCCACUUGAACAAUUGAAAAAUGGAAAUUUGUGCGUUGCAAACGGUAGUCCUCAUGUAAUCUUUCAGAACCACCAUAAAAACAAAGAAACGAAACACUCUGAACCCAUACAUAAUUCAUCAGGCCAGAUGACUGUGGGGAAGGUUUCCUCUGUCAUAGGAUCUAUGGCUGAGGUACUAGUCACUCUCUAUGAGAAUGACCACAGACUCAAACCUCAUUCUACUUCCCCUGUGCCGGGCUCUCUGCGGAAGGAGUUCCCCCAGACUCUGGGUGGCAGUGACAGCUGUCACUUCUGUACGAGGCGUGUGUAUGUGAUGGAGCGGCUGAGCGCGGAAGGCAGGUUCUUCCACAGGGAGUGCUUCAGGUGUGACUCCUGCAACACCAUCCUGCGCAUGGGCAUCUACGCCUUCGACACAGAGCAAGGUAAAUUUUACUGCAAGACACAUUUUGCUCAAUGCAAAACCAACAAGCACAGAAAGCGAAGAACUGACUUACAAAAGGAGGACACAGGGCUGUCAAAGCAGGAGGAGGCUUGGUCUUCCCCAGACUCGGCAAAUGCCUACACUGCUGCCAUCACCUUGGAGGACAGCCCCUCAGGUGGCUAUUACAAGUACCUGGGUGACCCAACUAGCCCACAAAAUUCUCGUACUCCAGAGAACAGGGUGCAUGGAGAUGAAUAUCAUUCAUUGUCCUCAGCCCAGACCUCUGUGAGAGCAAUCCCUGAAGAAGACAUGACAGAUCAUAACCUUCUGGCCGUGCAUGUCCUGGUAGCCAAUGACGCCAAUGAUCAGUGUUCAGACACCGAAUCUGACCCCUGCGGAAGCUCCUUGAAUAGCACAGGAGCAGAGAUCCCAGAUUUCAACUCCUUUUCACCCCAACCAGUCACAGAAGCACACUUCAGAAGAGAGGACUGCGACCUGAGAGAGGAAAACUCUGAUGAUGCUAUGCAGCUCUCCAGUCAGCUGCAAUCAUCUCCGCCAUCACUAUUUGACAGGCAUAAUAAAUGGAGAAUUCAGACAACUCUGCCUUCAAUGAUGUAUAAGAGAUCUUACCGACGCUCUGGGGAUCACACCCACAGCGUUCCAGAAGAACAUUCCAGAGCUCAGAAGCUCUCUGGUCAGAGUUCAUCUGAGCAUUUACAAAGGCAUUCUGAAUUGUGUAUCCCGACGGAGACAAGCACAGACAAGAAGAUACCAUCACACAUUGCUGACAGGGAAACCCCAUUUACAGAUACCAAAGGAGGCGCUGAUAGUCUGUUUCCAAGUCCUUAUUCUACAGACACAACCAGAAUAAGUGUCACGUGCCACAGUGAAGGACAAAGUGCAGAUGUAUCUAAAGAAACCAAACAGCUGAUAAAGAAAAGAUUAACUUUGUCCCUUAAAGAGAAAGCUAAGUUACUCGACUGGGAACUGCCCUCCCCAGAGGAUACAGCUAGGCAGACAGAUCAAGGAGAUAACAGAAACUCGAGAGCUAGUGAUCAUGUCGGUUCUUCAACUAGUGUUGCCAAAGUGGCUUCAACUGUGGCUUCCAGCAGUGUGGUAGAACUGCCAAAAGUGCCUUCUUCCAGCAGUGAUAAUGACAGUGAAGUCUCUCACUCCCCUCUACAAUUUUUAGCCAAUGUUUUUAGAAAAUCUUUCAGAGGAUCCAGCAGCACUUCUUCGAACGUUGGAAGGACUGAGAAAACUACGGACAGGGCUAGACCUCUUUCCGAAGGAUCUUUUUUUGACUUUAGCGCUGUGUUUGGCAAACCAGUGGAUGUGUUGACCAGCAAUGAGCCAUCUCAAGCAUCUUCACAACUACCGGCAUCAGAAAUGCAGUUGCAGAAAACAGCUGGGGCAGGACAGCCUGUCAUCAAGGUAACUCCCUGCUCUGGUAUCAGUAGUGAAGGAUCUGUGCAGGGUCCCUCAAGGAAUACCAGAAGAGUCAGGGUUGAAGCCCAUGAUACAAUGGAGGAUGAUGUGCCAGGAUUAUUAGAAAAGGCUUCAUUGAACGAGAAGCCAAGCAGCUCCUCCAGUGACGAUGUGUCGCUUCUCUCGCGGAGAAAACCCGGUUUCUUUUCCUCCUUGAGAAUAAAGAAGCCAGAACAGACGAAGAAUGGUCAACAAAGUUCGGAAGACGUAAGAGGCAAGAGUGAUAUCUGGAGGCUUCUUACCAGCUUUAGAAAGAAAGGGCUUGAGAAGGAAACAAAGCAAACUCCAAUGAGUGCACUUCCUGCAGACUCAUUAUCAAAUGGGACGUCAACUUAUGUUCCAUCUGCAGCAAAAAAGCCAGGCCCCAGUCAGCUGCCUGUGGGGAGCUUCAUAAACCACCAGGAGGACAGCUCCUCCAGUGAGGACCCUGAGGAGAAACCUGCUUCAAAACUAAAGGCGAGUACCAGCUUCAGAAGAAAGAGGAGGCAGGAGAAAGUCAUCCAACAUCAGGCACGGCAAGAAGAGCUAAAAAGACUCCACAGGGCCCAGGUUAUACAGAGGCAGCUGCAGGAGGUGGAGGAGCGGCAGAGAGCCUUGGAGGAGCAAGGUGUUAAACUGGAAAAGGCGCUGCGGGGGGAAUCAGUUUCAGAUUGCAGCCCGAGAGACGAAACAGACCUUCUGCACUCUUGGUUUAAACUGGUACUGGAGAAGAACAAGCUAGUCCGCUACGAAUCGGAGCUCAUGAUAUUUGCCCAAGAUCUGGAGCUUGAGGACUGUCAAAGCAGACUGCGGCAGAGGCUACACGAGAGGAUGGCCUUUGACGAUUCCCAGAAAAGUCAGCAGGAGCUUGCUGAGGAGCAGAGGGUCCUGGAGAAGAUGCUGGGAGUGGUGGAGAGACGGGACAAACUGGUGGCUCUUCUGGAAGAGCAGAGGCUACGAGAAAAGGCAGAAGACAAGGACCUGGAUGUUGUGCUAUCCAAAGGGUACCAGUUUCACUGGACCUGAAUCCUCUAAUGUGAAGACAAAGCGUGGCCCAGCAUUCAAUAGCACCAAUGCACAUUAAAGCAAACUGUAUUUUAAAUAUAACUAGAUGUAAAAAGGCAUUUGUUUUGAUUUUGCAGACUGAAGGUGAAUAUUUAAGUCAGGACCAGUUUUAUGCAGACUGCUGUGCUAUAUAUAUUUAUAUAUUUAUAUAUUUAUUUUUUUGUUCAAUUUAAGAUUGUAGCUGAAUAAUUGUUAAUGUACAGUACAAAUUUUAUGUUCAGUACUACAAGAGCCUUGCUCACAGGAAAAGGACACCUGAAUGAGAUUCUAUUAGUUUCUAUAAUUGUCAUUGCUGAAAAAGGGGUUGUCAUUAUAAUACCAGUGUAUUGCCCAGACAAGAAAGCCUAAUAGCAGAACACAACAUUACCAUUAUUGGCAACACAGUUGCUUUGGAAGAAAUACCGUGUUUCAUUGUGAUAAUGACACAAUAAAUCACAAUGCCUAUCAAUAUAUAUUAUAGCUAUUGGCUAUCCACCUUACAAGAACCCAUGUGGUCACAUUUCAAGACACACAAAUUCUGUACAUUUCAAUAAAAAAGGGAAACAAACCUGGUUUUGUUUGCUUUAGAAAAAUGCAUACUAUUUGUACUCAGGUGUUCAGGUCUAGUGUAAUAGUUGCAUGCCGUCGUCUUAACCCUGGUCCAUGACUAACCCAAUGCAGCUGUUUUUCUUUUUCGUUUGGCCGUUUGUAUUUUGCAUGCUGACAUUUAAACAUCAAUUGCUUUAUUAAGCUUUUUGGUGCACUUUGUUUAUCCCAGAGAGAUACACUGCUCAUAAUUGAAUACUUGAAUAAAACAUUCCACAGUGCACUUUAGUGAAAGCGAAGUAAAUCUAGCCUAAGUCUAUGACCUAGAAGGUUUGUGUGAAGCUGGUAGGCUUUCAUGGCAUCUGUAUUUCUGUCUUGUGUCUGCAUUUAUAGAUUACUUUUUUUUUCUUUUUUUUUUAAACAAAGAAGUAAGUGGGGCUUUUUUUUUUAUCCACGGACAUUUUAAACUGCUUAUUUUGAGCGGUUUGAGGGCUGUUGCGAGGGAUAUGUCAUUUUGUAAACAAUCUGAUUUAAUGUGCUUUUUAUUUAUUGUUUAUUUUUAAUUGAUCAGGUGACCAGUUUUUGGUGUUUUUUUUUUGCUGCUUCUGAAAUAUCUAACUGCCUUACAGAAACAGAACAAAAGAAGGGAAAUAGUGUUUAAUGCAACACAAUUUGUUCAGUUCAUCUUUGGGAAAUGUAUGCGUUAUUAAUUCUAUAGCAGGUGAAAGUGAUGUAAGCACUGACCAUCACCUCUGCAGAAACCUUUUUAAUGGCUUUUUAAUUGCAUUUAUUUAUAUUAGGAUGGAUUAUCAGGUAAGGAACAACAUGAUAUUGAGUAGGUAAGGAGCAUAGCUCUGUUUUUCAAAAGGGAAAGCAAUAGUUAAUUUCUUCUCUAAUCCACUUCACUGAGAAUGCAUUAGGCUUAUCUGGUAAAAAAAAAAAAAAAAAAAAAAAAAAAUUUCUUGCAAGAAAUAAUUAAAAACUAUUCAGGAACCCUAAGAAGCAACAUUGGCUUCCAUUUGUAGUAGAUAUGAUUUUAGUGCAGAGCUGAAGAAUACUUUAUAAAAAUAGUCAAUGCCAGAGCAAAUACGUUGUUCAGUACAAAAGAAGAGAUAUUCAAAAUAAAAUAAAAAUAUAUACGAUGUUUUCUUCUUGCCAUUUUCCUAAUUCUGUUAUCUUUUUAACAUUUUUUAUUGUGCUCAGAAUUUUGUAUUUUGCUUUUUAAAAUGAA